GUCUUGCCGCCCAACGGAUACCGGCGCGAGGAAGUCGCCUAUUCUGCUCAACAAAUGCCGUAGAGAAAAGGGCGGGUCCUUCGGAAAGUGCGCGCGCAGGAAUGUUAAACUCCUUACAAGAAGACUGGUAAAGAAGAAGAAUGGAAAAUAAAAGGCAGAGAGCCAGAGUCCAGGGUGGCUGGGCCAGCCAGGGUAAUAGCAGAAUGACUUCAUGUUCAGCCUCAAGAAAGUCUAAUGCUAGAAAUCCAGCAUUUGCCAAUUCAGCACCAUCCACAUUCCAAGGAGAGGCAGAGAUUUCAUCUAAAAGACAGUUUGUUUUUAAAGCACCUGAAGAGGUUGUAUGCAAAGUCCCAGAACCCAGAGUAAUAGAAAAACAGGGUCUAUAUGAGAUCAGCACAUUGCCCUCAGGUAUAUCAAAGAUUCAUUUGAUUCCUGGCUUCAUUUCCUUGAGUGAAGCAGAUUGGAUGUUUGAUCAGUUGUUCCACGAAAUUCCAUGGAGGCAAAGAACACACGUUAAACACGAUCGAUCUUAUGACGAACCCAGACUCACAGCAUGGUAUGGAAAACUACCCUACACCUAUUCCAGACUUGAAAUGCAAGGAAACCCUGAUUGGCACCCACUAUUGGCCAUGUUGAAGGAUCUUGUAGAAGAUUUCACCAAGAAUACUUUCAACUCCCUACUCUGUAACCUUUACCAAAAUGAAAAGAACAGUGUUGACUGGCAUAGCGAUGAUGAGCCUACACUGGGAAAAAACCCCAUAAUUGCAUCGCUUAGCUUUGGUGCUACCCGGAUGUUUGAGAUGAGGAAGAAGCCUCUGCCUGAGGAUAACAAUGAUUAUACCUAUGUGCAAAGAGUUCACAUACCAUUGGAUCAUGGUACUUUGCUAAUGAUGGAAGGAGCUACUCAAGAAGACUGGCAGCACCGUGUUCCCAAGGAGUAUCACUCUAGGGAACCACGUAUAAACCUGACAUUCAGGACAAUAUAUCCAGAACCAGGGGCAAUGCAUACAUGACUGAAAGAAAUGCAGAACUCUGCUUUUUCUGCUGAGCUCAGAGUUUAAUGCUGACUUGGAUGUGAUGACCCAGCCAGAUUCACCAUUUGACUGCCAUCAUCUCAGGAGAGAAGAAAGACUGCUUGCAAAGAGAACGUACAACUUUUGCAUAUUUCCAUUGAGCAAUGUAUUAUUUUCUUAGGCUGCUUGCUAAUAUGUAAUCCUGAUGAUAACAUUAUUUGUUUAUUGUUUAAACCAAUUGAAAUGUAUGAAUUCAGAGUGCAAAUGUUAUUGGAGAACAGAAAGGAUUUUUCUUGAGAAGGACUAAUAAUGGACCUCAGGAUCCUUUCCAAUUUCAGAACUUAUAACUGUAGUUGCCAUGUCCAUAACUAUUUCCUGCAAUGCUGGAGCAAUUUGGGGGGAAGGGGGAGCAGGGGGAAAGAAAUAUCUAAUAUAAUUAGCUGUAAUCCUUAUAAAUUAGCUGUUAUGAUUUCAAUAGAAUCUUCUACCUAUACCAGUAAGAGGAUUGUAACUGAAGGUAGCACAAAAUUGUUUUAAAUAACUCAGUGCUAUUCAGUUCAGCAUUCUGUUGCGUUAGAUGAACUUCAGUAAUAUUUCAAAAUAUAUAUCUAGGAACCUUGGCCUCAUUUUUCAAAAGUAAGGAGCAUGUUCCUUCUCAAGUGUAGUUAUUCAUAAGAUAAGACAGGGAAGGAAUGACUACAUUCCCAGUUAUGAUUGGAUCAGAACUAGGAUCUUCAGCUGAGAAGCACUCCAGGAUAUAUGUAGCUAGAUCUCUGGAUAUAUUUACAUCAGCAUAUUUUUUUAAAAAAGCAAAUACAAAUAGUCGACUUAGAAACACAAUGGGAGCCAGAAUUAACAGUUGUUAAACAUUAUGGUUGUUAACCAAGUCAUAUGAGUGGAACAAUUUUACAACCAUUUUUACUGAAGUCAUUUAGAGAAUUACCAUGGUUGUUAAGUGACUUGAACAGCAGUUGAGUAAAUCCAUGUCCCCCCACUCCCACCCCAUUGACUGCUUGUGGGAAGCCAGCUGGGAAGGUUGCAAUUGUGAUCAUGUGAUAGCAGGACACUGCAACCAUCAUAAAUAUGAGCCCUUUGCCAAGCCCCAAAUUAAGAACGUGUGACUGCGGGGUUGCAACUCCAAGGAUGAAUUGUAACUCACUUUUUUGGCAUUGCUAUAACUUCCCUCCAAUUUUAAAUGAGCAGUCUUAAAUCCAGGACUACUUUUAUCAAGAUUUUGCUCAUUUUACUGUCAAAGCAGGCAGUGAAAGCCACAAAAUGAUGGUCAUAAUGAAAAGGUAUCAAAUAUUUCUCACUUUACGACCUUUGCAGAAAAGCUGAAGUAAGAUCAUAACCACAUCAUUUUUCUUAGCAACCACUUUGUUUAAUAACAAAGUUGCUGGUGCUAAUUGUAAUAGUUAAAUGAGAACUCCCUGUAUUCCUCUAGUAGCAGAGUUGGCAGAAAUAUAUGAUGACAUAAUUGGUACUCCCAAUAAUUGUAAUCUGUCCCAGUAAGAGGGCUUUGAUUGGUCCUGUUCAUAUACAUUUACUAUGGGCCAAUUUGAGGGCAGUAAUUGGUGGAUUUUUCUGUUUUGUUUCCUUCCCAUGCAGUGCCAUUUACUGAAAAGAGACUCCACCAGUCACUCUCUUCUCAGUGUGGUAGGUUAGACUUGCUUGAGUAUGGUCUGGGAUGGAAGCUUUAGGUACCUCUGCACUUGCUGGAAAGGUAGAGUGCUGGUGAGGAUAUUUCUGAAUGCAAGUUUAUUUGUUUUCUGGAAGAUUUGUACACCUUUUGUGUCCCCAAAUAGUCCAGUCAGCUCAGUUGAUUAGAGAGAGAUGGGGUGAAGCAUUGGCUGCCCUCCUGCCUACCAACUUGUUAAGCUGUUUGGGGCAGAGAUUUACUAGUCUUUUGGAACACAUGACCACUUUAGCAUUGUUGCUAUAACUUCGGCUAGAAGAGGAUACUUGUAGAAAUCUCUGUACAUUUUUGCUUUAGCAGUACGAGUGCUCAAAUUUAAGUAAAUUAGAUAGAUUUUUACUUCAGGGAUUGUAAAGGCGAUACAUCUUGAUACUUAUAUAAAGAAUCUUGCAACUUCCUCAAAUGGGUUUUGAAUAUUAGGUGCUACCAUUUAGGGGGCCAAACUAAUUUGAACAUUUCAUCAACCAAUCUGUAAUAACCUUGAAACAGCUUGUGUAUAAUUAUAAGGUAAGAGAUCUAGCAGCAUGCAUUGCUAUUGUUUUUAACAUGCAUUUAAAAAUGAAAGGAAAUGGUGGACCUUAUGGAAACAAGUUGCUCUUACAAUGCCACAUAUUCUUCCAAAAGCUUGGCUAGGGUAAUUGAUAAUCUGUUGUUUUAUGAAUGACUGAACAACUAUAAAAUACUGAAGGAAGAUGACUGUCAGGAUCUGCACGCCAAUAAUUUUUACUUACUUA